UUUUGAUUUGUCAAGGUCGCACACCCAUGAGUUGGGAUUCACUUCGCCUACCGGAAUAUAUCCUUAAGGCAUUAAAGGAUGCUGGCUUGCAUACUCCCACACCCAUACAACUAAAAGCUAUCCCACCUGCUUUGAACAAUACCUGUGAUAUUUUGGGUUCAGCACCCACAGGUAGUGGGAAGACGUUAGCAUUUGGAAUUCCCUUGAUAACUCGAAUAUAUUCGUUAAAAUGCUCAGAGAAUCAGGUUUGUAAUGAAGAAUUGACGGUGGAGAAUCCUGCUCCUAUUACCGAUAAGAAACCAGAACAAGAAUGUUCCGAGGAAAAUUCAUGUAUCGAACCUCCGGCAAAGAAAAAAACGACAGACAAGAAAAAGAAGAAGAAGAAGGAUAAAAUGGUUGACAUUUAUUCUGGUCUAGAUGUCAUCGAGGAGUUGGAUGCUGAUACUGGAGAAGUUCGUGCAAUGCAUUCUCUCAAUAGUGUUUCAACAACAUGUCCUGAAACAUUUGAAUCGACUGAACCACCUCCGUCUUUAUCUGUACAGAUGAAAGCGAAUCGUGUUUACGGGCUUGUACUAGUCCCUACUCGAGAAUUAGCUAUUCAGGUAUCUCAACAUCUGCGUAUGUUAACGCGUUACAUUGACUGUAUUCGUAUUGAAACAAUUAUGGGUGGAAUAUCGAUUGAUAAACAACUUCGACUACUUCAACGUUGUCCUGAUAUACUUGUUGCUACACCAGGAAGAUUAUGGCAUUUUAUUCAACAGGAUGAGCCGCAUAUUCUCACCUUACCCAAUGUCAGUGUUGUGGUUAUCGAUGAAGCUGACAGAAUGAUUGAAGCAAAUCACUUUGAUGAUUUACGCGCCAUUUUCGAUUGGUUGCAUACUGGAUCAAUGUCAAGCGAUGGUGGUGUAAAUGAUGAUGAAGAAGGCGAGGCAGUUGAAUGCGAAAAUUCUAAAAAGACAAAAAAUCUUAAACGGAAGUCAACAGACGAUAGCGGCGGCGCCAAUGCGAUAGCUCCAACUGAAGUUGACCGGCAAACGCUAGUUUUCUCCGCUACACUUACAUUUGUGCAUAGUGGUGCAUUGAAACCAGGCAGUGGAUCUAAAAAGCAUAAAAUGUUGUCGGGGGGUAAAAGUAAUAUGACAAAGAAAAUAAAACUUGCUCUACUGCGUCAAAUGUUUGGUUUAAGAAAAUCAGUUCAAGUGAUUGACCUAUCGUCGUCUAGUUCCCCGAACAGUCAAUUAAAUCAAAAAGCAUCUACAGCCGGUCAACAUUCACAACAACAACAACCAGCCUGUCCUGAUGGCCUGUGUGAAUCACGUCUAUUAUGCCCAAAUCAAGAGAGUAAAGAUAAUCGAUUAUUUUGGUUUAUUACAUUCGGACGUCAACUUGCCUCUGCCUGCUUACCAGUAAAACUUACAAAUCAAAGAUGUUUAAUUUUUUUGAAUAGUAAAUCAGGUGUACGUCGAUUAGCUGGUGUGUUACGUCAGCUAGUCGAGUCGGAUGCUUUUUCAGUUGGCGGAUAUUCAUCAUCAGUAGUAAAGCAUAUUAGUGUUUUACACGCGGAUAUGAUACAAAAGCAAAGAUUACGGGCUUUAGAACGUUUUCAAGCCGAUCCAAAUGGAAUCCUUCUGGCCAGUGAUGUAGCCGCUCGUGGUUUGGAUUUAGCCUCCAAGGAUACAACCGAUGAAACAAGUGGUGUCUCAUGGGUUAUCCACUUCGAUGUACCGCAUACAGCUGAACUGUAUAUUCAUCGAUCUGGUCGAACAGCUAGGGCAAAUCGUCAAGGAACAAGCUUGCUGUUCAUUUCACCGAAUGAAAUUAUUCGUUGGCAUAAAAUUGCUGUCAGUUUAAAGAGAAAUAAUCCAGAACUAGAAGAUUUUGCAGUUCAACCAUCCAAUAUUCAUUUAACUAUCUGUGAACAAAUUGUCCAACUGGCUAAACAGAUUGAUAUACAAGUGCAUAGAAAUUCACGGAAAACAGCCAAUGAAAAUUGGUUUGCUAAAGCAGCUAAAGAUGCUAAUAUCCUAUUGGAUGAUGAUGAUGAUAAUUCAGGUGGUGAUGACGAUGGCGAAAGAGGGGGAUACAGUGAGAAGAAAAAGUCAAAAAAGAAGAAUUCAGAUGAUACUAAGCCAUUGAAAUUACAGCUACGUCAGCUGAUUAAUGCUUCUCGAGAGAAAUUGUUGAAAAACACUAACGGACCAAUGCAGCAUGUCUAUGGAAAACUUCAAACUCUAUCCAAAGUGAAAUUAUUGAAAGAAGUCUGUGUAUAACCCAGCUAGCUAAUUGACUUUUAUUCUAUUCCAGAAUGUAUUGCCUUUGUAAAUAUUGUCAUAAAUAUACUCGAGUGUGUUUA